CGCUAGGUCUUGUGGGGUUUUCACUGGCCGCCAUCUUGUACUCGUACGGACAUUUCUCGUAGAUAUGCUCUCUUUUUCUCGGCAAAUUUUGCGGUUUUCUCGAAGACCGUUAGGUGCUGGCUUGAGGAGAUGCCUUGCUACCGAAGCUGCCGAAUCUGGACCUGCAAUGUCCCUUACUUUUGGCUCUCCGUAUGAGUCUUUCUACGAGAAUGUCUCGGUCAAACAGGUAGAUGUAUCAACUUCUACUGGAAGCUUCGGUAUUCUUGCCGAUCACGUACCUACCAUACAGACCUUGAGUCCUGGUGUUCUGACAGUGUAUCAAGGUGGAUCAUCUGACAAGUAUUUCGUAAGCAGUGGCAUAGUGACUGUUAAUAAAGAUUCUUCAGUACAAAUCCUAGCUGAGGAAGCACAUCCCUUAGAUCGAUUUGAUGAACAGGCUGUGAAUAAACAACUAGAGAAAGCACAACAAGAAUUAUCCAGUGCAACAUCAGAAGAGGAUAAAGCCAGUGCCAAUGUUGCCAUAGAGUGUGCAGAGGCCCUACUAAAGGCUUUACACAAAUAGAUGAAUUUUGAAGAUUAGUGUGUUUUGUUUAAUGAUGGUGAUUUAUGGGUAUAGAGGAGCAAAGUGCGUUAGUCAAUACCUUGUUUGGUGACUUUGAGGAGAUUAUCAUAUAAUACAGUCAUUUGUUUAUCUGAAUAAACUUGUACUGAUUUGCCUGUUUUCAUUAAAUGAUGGUCAUUUUU